AUGUCUGUCACGCUGCGUCUCCCACCCGCCCUUCUCGACCUCACUUUGCUCCGUGCCUCUCCGCGCCUCAGUGCGCUCUCUGUCGCGUCUAGUUCUGUCACCUCUAGACAUGCGUGCAAUAGGUACAGUCACGGAGCUGCUAUGGUAGCGCAAGCUCCUGCUCAGGACUACCUUGGUCACUUUAUGCAGCGCGGUGGUCGGUCGCUAAGUGCACAACGGAGACGAAAGGAAAAAGAAGCGGAUCGUGGUUCCCUCGUACCUAUGGAGGAGAAUGAGGGUAUGGGAACCCUUACGGAGUUGGAGGAGCGGGUGAAGGCCUUGCAGCAGACGGCGGCUUCGUCCGAGUUGCUCAACAGCUCGUUGACUUACUCUGAAGAUGACCUGCUGAGAAUCUACGAGGCUCUCCUGGCCAUUCCGGCUUCUGAGACUCCUGCCGCCUCCGUUCCGCGGGAGAAAGAUGACACAGAACUUGUCGAGGCUGUUGCACAUCGGUUACUGGAGCCUUCGGGUCUUGCAUCAGCUUCUUCCGCACCGUCGCGACAAAUCCAUCAUGCCAUCGUUGGUCGCUUACAACAAAUUAUGUCAGAGAUCGAUUCCUUCCAGUCAUCAAUGUUCAAGGAAAAACUAAAAGAGGGUGAAGGCGUGGAGCAAGUCAAGGAGUUCCCGACUAGUCUCAUUACUAACAAGGAGUGGUCAGCACUGGCACGUACAUGUAUUAGUGCAAAAGAUUACGCCACUGCCGAGCUCGUUCUCAAUUUGAUGAAGCGAUCCGGUAGUCUCAAUAUGGAAGAGUCGAUUAACGACCUGCUCGCCGCGUACGCUUCCGAAGGUAAUGUGUCAGGCACAGAGCGUGUCCUGCAUGUUCACGUGCCCGCGCCCACCGAGUUGCAACGCGAUCUCCACGUCAAGUCACAUAUCAAGGCUACAUCGCAAUAUGAGAUGCCUGAUAAUGCUUUACGGAUCCUGCACGCAUGCGAACAGCUAGGCACACCUGCACCUCAAAAAUCAUACACUCGUACUAUCACGGCUCUGCUUUCCAUGCGCCGUGACGGUGCACAGGGCCGCGCGCAGGCAUGGGACCUGUUCGCGCAUAUGCGCUACGUUGCUCAUCCCCAGCCGGACGUCGCGCUCUACACUCUCAUGCUCCGUGCCUGCUCGCACCCAUCCGCACCCGUCGAGCCUGAGCGCGCGCUGGACCUCUUCACAGAAAUGACAGUCGAUCGCAGUCUCGCGCCGACGCAGCGCGCAUACACGGCCGCGAUGUAUGCGUUCGCGCGCAGCGGAGAAGAGCGCUACGUGCACCAGGCGUUCCGACUCGCGAGGGAAAUGCUCGAUGCAAAUCGCGACGCACAUGGGCGGAGCGCAUUCGGUCCCAACCGAGGCUUGUUCAUUGCCCUGCUAGAGGGCGCGAAGCGCAUCAAGGAUCUUGCACGGGCGCGAUGGAUCCUAGCAGAGAUGGUGAAGCAGACUUUACAAGCUGAUCGAGACCUAGAGGCAGAGGGAGGGAUGAAGGAGCAGGAUGCACUGCUGACGGAAACGGUGAUGCACAAUAUUUUCCAAGCCUAUGCUUCGUAUGAAGUACCCUUCAAGCGCUCUGCGACCCGGAUUGUGGACGAUGCGCCUGAUCAGAUAGCUCAAAAAGAAUCUCAGACGUCAGUACAAGACAAAAACCUCACAAGUUCGGGGGUAAUGGGGAACCCUGAUAUACAGGAGGACUUCGAAAACGCAGGACUGACUGACGUCACUCACACUUCAAAAUUCUCCCACAUUCCACCUCAGUCGAAGGGAGAAAUAGUUGCGGAAGCGAAGAUUCUUUUCGAUCGCAUAGUCGCAGACGGCAUCGCUCCAAUGGACGAACAAGAGGGAACCUGGAGCCCCUUCCGAUACGUCCGCCUCACCUCUCGCCUCCUCAACGACUACCUCUCUGUGUAUUAUGCCCAUGCGCCUUUCGAUACGUGGAGCGCUGUGUAUCGUGAUCUUUUCGACCGCAUGGGCAUAUCGCGGGAUGCGAGAACGUACGUUGAUGCGCUCGAGCGCUGCUCGGUUGCAUCCAAGGCCGAUCGCACCGUCGCACUUCGGUUCGCUGAGGAGGUAUGGGGCGCGUGGCAGGGCAUCGAGGAGGCUUGGCGUCUGAGAUUCGAUCGUGACGAUGCUAAUGAGGUCAUCGAAACAGUCAAUGCGCGUUGGGUUGAGCGGGCGAACACAGCUAUGAUCCAGUUGCUCAGUCUCACCCGUGAACACACUCGUGCUCUAGAGGUUGUAAGGGUCUUCGCAGAACGGUAUCCUCCAUCAGCACUGCUGAAGACUCCUUCGCAAAAUUCCUUGCGCUCGACGCGUGUUCAGCUGGAGGGUGCUAAGCCACUUGUGCGACUCUAUCACCCUACCGAUGUGCCGGACGAUAACGUUCCGCCGCUUCUCACCUUUACCGAGCUUGAACUUCUCAAGCAUCGUCUUGUUGCAGCUGGCGACCGCUCAGGUAUCGACUAUAUUAAUUGGCUCUGCAAGUCAUACGAGGGCUCUCUUAGGCGGAGAAGAGACGCGAUGGUGUCCGCAAAGUCGCUAAAAGCUAGAAAGAAAAGAGAUUGA